AUCAUGCGUAACCUUUUCUCUACUAUUAUCUUUGCAGUGCUGCUGACCUGCGUGUUCUCCUUCAACGUGGACCAGAAGAACAGUUUGUCCUUCUCUGGACCGCUGGAAGACAUGUUCGGCUACACUGUCCAGCAGUUUGAGAACAGCGAGGGAAAAUGGGUUCUGAUUGGAUCUCCGCUGUCAGGACAGCCGAGUAAAAGAACCGGAGACGUCUACAAAUGUCCCGUGGGGAGAGAUAACAACAACUGCAUCAAACUGGAGCUGCCCAAAAACACAACCAUUCCCAACUUGCGUGAAGUGAAAGAAAACAUGACCAUGGGAAGCACACUGGUAACGAAUCCCAAAGGAGGAUUUCUGGCGUGUGGUCCUCAGUAUGGCUACAAGUGCGGCCCGCAGCAUUUCAUCUCAGGAGUUUGUACGAAUGUCAGCUCUUCCUUCCAGAUCCUCAACUCUUUUACAAAAUAUCAAGAGUGCGGGAAGGAGAUGGACCUUGUGAUCGUGCUGGAUGGAUCUAACAGUAUCUACCCCUGGUCGAGUAUUCAGGAAUUUCUCUAUAAGUUCAUUGGGAGACUUGAGAUCGGACCUAAACAGACACAAGUGGGCAUUGUGUCUUAUGGCGAGACCGUGAGUCAUCAGGUCAAUCUGAGCCAGUUUGACAACAUGCCUGCUUUGCGGGAUUUUGUCCAAGACCUUCCUCAGCACACUGGCACCAAGACGAUGACUUUCCUGGGCAUUGAUACUGCCAGAGAGGAAGCCUUCAUGCCAGAGCGUGGUGCACGACCUGGAGUUAAGAAAGUCAUGGUGAUUGUGACUGAUGGAGAAUCACACGACUACUAUAAUCUACAAAAGGUCAUCAAAGCUUGUGAGGAUGAUGACAUUGAGAGAUUUGGCAUCGCUGUUUUGGGGGACUACGGUCGCCAGAACAAAUCUCUAUCAGAGGUGCAAAAGUUUAUCAAAGAGAUCCAGAAUAUCUCCAGUGAACCUGUCCAAGACCACUUCUUCAAUGUGUCUGAUGAGGCUGCUUUAGUGAACAUUGUGGAUACACUGGGAAGCAGGAUUUUGGCCUUGGAAGCUACAAGUGGAAAUUCCACUUCCCCCAUUCAGAUGGAGAUGUCCCAAACUGGGUUUAGUGCUCACACCUCAAACGAAGGUGUGUUACUGGGAGCAGUGGGAGCUUAUGAAUGGAACGGGACAGUGGUAAUGUACACUCCUGGAGGAGACGUGGUUCCAGGGAAAGAUGCUUUCUUUGACCCACUGAAAGAGGCUAGGAAUGAAAGGCUGGCCGCGUACCUCGGGUAUGAUGUGCAGUCAGCAUCCACGUCUGAGGGAGAGCUGUACAUCACAGGUGCACCGCGGUACAACCACACCGGCCGCGUUGUUAUCUACCGACUCGAUGAAAACAACAGAAUCGUCAUCUCGCAGAUACUGAAAGGAGAACAGAUUGGUUCCUACUUUGGCAGCGUCCUUCAGACUGUUGACGUGGAUAAGGAUUCCUUGACUGACCUGCUGUUGGUCGGAGCUCCAAUGUACAUGGGCCCAGAAAAAGAUGAGCAGGGACGAGUCUACGUCUACAGGCUCAAGAAUAACAAAUUUAAGCAUGAGUAUACUUUAAAGCCUAUUAAUCAGUCCUGCUGUACGCUCCAAUCAGCCGGCUGCACCAAUAAAAAUGAGCCGUGCGGCGCCCGGUUUGGUACAGCCAUUGCAGCAGUGACAGAUCUUAACCUUGAUGGGUAUAAUGAUGUGGCGAUUGGUGCGCCUUUUGAAAAUGACCACAGAGGGGCUGUCUACAUCUAUCACGGAGACCAGAAAUCACUCAAAGAGAAAUUUGUACAGCAUAUUCCUGCAGGUGGCGAUGGCAAAAAGGUGAAAUUCUUUGGUCAGUCCAUACAUGGAGUCAUGGAUCUAAAUGGAGAUGGAAUCACUGACAUCACUAUAGGAGGUCUGGGAGGGGCCUCGCUGUUCUGGUCCAGAGAUGUUGCAGAGCUGCAUGCCAGCAUGACUUUCAACCCCGCUAAAGUCAACCUCCAGCAGAUUGAGCACCAGUGUGAACACGGCAAUAGGAAAUCUAUUUGUGUGAAGACCAACUUGUGCUUUACCUACAGAGUCAAAUCCAACCAGCCGACUGUAAAAACAACUGCAAAUAUGACCUAUACUAUAACACUGGACAGUCUGCGUGCCACAUCCAGGGCCUCAUUUAUUAGCAAAGAUUUAAAAAAUGACCGCAGGACUACAGAGAAGUUCACCAUCAUGGACGGAACGAAAGAAUGCAUGGAGAAAACCUUCAUGAUGUCGGAACGGCUAGACUUCCGAGGACCUCUGACUGUGUCUGUGGAGUUCGGAAAAGCUGAUGAAGAAGGUCCUGUGCUGGAUGAAAGUCUUCGCAAAUCCAUCAAUGCCAAUAUUACUUUAAUGGACUGUGGAAACAAAACUCAGACGUGCGUUCCUGACCUCUCCCUGAAGGCUAAAUGUGAUGAGCAAAGUAAAUUGAUCAAAGAAAAGGAAAUCAUUUAUUUGAAUAUCACCGUCAAAAACCUCAAAGACAAAGCUUAUAACACCAACGUGAAAAUCAACUUUACACAAAACAUCAACUUUGUGAACGUAGAGCCAGAUACAAAGACGACCACUGUAAAUGACACCGAAGUGAGCAUUGAGGUGGGGUACCCCUUCUUGGGAAACAAUGAAGAGGAAACAAUAACAGUGAAAUUUGAGGUGAAUCUCAAAUAUUUUCAGAAGGAAAUUGAGUUCACCGUGACAGCUACAAGUGACAACGAAGAAGAUUUCUCUACCAUGCAUGACAACAGUGCGACUAUCUCCAUCCCUGUCAAGUAUGAACUUGGACUCACGUUCAAAGUAGAUGUAAAGUCGCCUUUGAACAACCACAUUGAAAUAACACAAGAGGAUAAGUAUCCCCCGAAAUUCAGUGACAUCAGUAUGAUUGGAGAAGAGGUCAACAUCACCUACACGGUGGAAAAGUUACGUGACGGGGUGACUCCAACCCUUGGCCUUGAAGUGAAAUAUCCUUUUGAGUCUCCGAGGAAGAACACGUUACUGUACCUGACGCAUGUCACCUACUCAAAUGUAAGUAUGCUUCCAUGGAUAUGCAAGCGUAUGCGAAGAAACAGACCAACGUUCGUGUCGUUUUCUCCCUACUCUGCAGAUGAUGUGUGACACAAAAGGACAGAUCGAUCUUUUUAAAAUUAACUCGGAGGUUAAAGAGGUGAAAGUGGAAAAAGAGACGCUCAGUAACUACCUGCUG